AUGCAAAACGAUGCUAUCUGGAGCGUUCUUCGUGUUGUAGAUCUUGCAGGCGCGCAGCACACACGAGGAACUUCCGGAGAGUUCUUAGAUGAGUCUAGAAAGAUCAAUUUAGGUCUUUCGUCGAUGUAUCGGGUUUUGAGAGGUCGUGUGUCGUGGGAUAAAGCGAUGACCCGCUCCGGAUUUCGCGAUUCAAAACUGACGAAGCUGAUGCAGCCAAUCUUUGAUAGGUCCUCGAAUACUCACAUGUUGUUUUGUAUGUCUCCUGCGAAGUGUUGUGUGGUCGAGACGUCAUUACCUACUUAUUACUUUUCAGAUUCGCUGUCUGUAAAUUCGUAUAUUCCUCGAUAUUCGAUUUGCAGUGAACGAAGUGAAAUGUCGUGGAGUGAAUCGAUCGAAGAAAGGGAUGUGCUGAAGAUGGUAUUAGAAUGGGUGGAAACGAGGAAGGCGAACGAUGUGAAUCUUGCAACGUUGGUAGAGAAACUAAAGGAGAAAGUCGAUGUACUGGAUCGAGAACGAACAGAAUUGAGUGAAGAGAACGCGAAGCUUAGAGAACAGAUGCGAUCACUUCAAUCAACGGUGAAUAAUUUACGAAAUGAAUUGUCGGAAUGUCAUCAAGUCGGGAGAGAAUCGAGAGAGGUUAUUGAAGAGUUGGAAACAAUGGUUUAA